AUGGCACGGAGACUAACACCAAACGUGCUGUUUGUAGCAAUGUUGCUUGCAACGUCCACCUGCGGUACCCUUGCUGCACCAAAAGCGGGAGAUUUGGAGCUUAUCAUACUGCACAACAAUGACAUGCACGCCCGGUUCGAGCAAACCGGAGCUUAUAGCAACGAAUGCCAACCUUCCGACGUUGCUAGCAACCAUUGCUAUGGAGGAUUUGCACGCGUUGCGCACAAAGUACGCGAAUACCGAGCGUCUGAAGCUGCCGGUGGCCUUCCGGUGUUGUAUCUCAAUGCCGGUGAUACUUACACCGGGACGCCUUGGUUUUCCAUCUUUAAGGACAAUAUUACGGCCGCCUUCCUCAACGUGCUAAAGCCCGAUGCAAUCUCACUAGGCAACCAUGAGUUCGAUCUGGGUGUGGCGGGUUUAGUUCCAUUCCUUAACGAGGUCGACUUUCCGGUGCUGGUCACUAAUCUUGACCUAUCUAAAACACCCGAAAUGCAGUCGACAAAAUCGUUACAGCGGUCCGUUGUUUUUACGAAAGCGGGCGUACGGAUAGGUGUUAUCGGAUAUUUGACUCCGGAGACCAAACAAUUAUCGCCGACCAAUACGGUCGAGUUUUUGGAUGAAAUCGACACGAUCAACAAAGAGGCGUCCGCAUUGAAGGAGCAAGGAGUGAAUAUUCUCAUUGCACUCGGUCACAGUGGAUUGGAACGGGAUAAAGAAAUUGCUGCCCACUGUCCCGAUGUGGAUCUUGUCAUUGGUGGUCAUUCGCAUACGUUCCUGUACAGUGGCUCCGCGCCGGAUGUCGAAGAUCCGGCCGGUCCGUAUCCGGUGAUGGUGAAGAAUGCUGCCGGAAAGGAUGUUCCUGUGGUGCAGGCAUACGCUUACACCAAGUAUCUCGGCUAUCUGCACCUUAUGUUCGACGCGGAAGGCAACCUGAUCGAACUGGACGGAAGUCCCAUACUGCUGAACGGUACGGUAGAGCGAGACUCCGAUGUACUGCAGCUGCUGGAACUCUAUCGUCCCGGUAUUUUGGCGUUGGACGCAGAGAUUGGAGAGUCGAAGGUGUUUCUCGACUCUAGCCGGUGUCGGUUUGAGGAAUGUAACAUCGGCAACAUGAUUGCCGAUUCGCUCGUCAUCACGCAUGCGACAACGCGCGAACAGAGCAACGAUGGGUUCUGGACAGACGCAGCCAUCGGGUUCAUACAGGGCGGAGGUAUACGGGCGUCCAUAAACCGAGGUCCGAUUAGUAUGAAGGAUCUGAAGACAGUGCUUCCGUUCGGUAAUGCAAUGGUGGUGACGGAAAUCAAUGGCACACAGCUACGCCAAAUGCUAGAACAGAGUGUCCAUCGGUAUGACGGUGUAUCUGGUUACGGGGAGUUCCUGCAGAUGGCAGGCGUAAACGUAGAGUACGAUCUAACGCGACCUCCGAUGCAGCGCGUAGUGCACGUUAAGGUGCGCUGCGCCCGCUGCCAGGUACCGGCGUACGAGGAUCUGAAAGACGACGAACACUAUCGUGUUUUAUUGAGCCAGUUCCUGUACGAUGGAGGCGAUGGGUAUGAUAUGCUUCCGAACUCACCGAAAGAGUUGCUCACGUUCGGUGAGUAUGAAAUUACUGAAGAGUACCUUAAGCAGUACUCGCCCAUCUAUCCUGCGAUCGAGUGGCGUAUCCGUAUGGAAGGACAACCGCCCGGCACCAGUACCGACGGACCGGGUGCAGACACUACCACCAUGAUGACCACCAGCACAACCGAGGACAGUGGUGCUGAACGAGUGUACGGUGUUACGAUUUCCACCCUUGGAAUGAUGCUACUAUCAGUACUUUUGACGUACAUGUAA